UUUUUCACCCACACAGCAUUACCAGAACCAGGGACCGUCUGAAUGCACGUCCAGGAAGACACGGUGACAAAUGUACUUUUCUCCGUGUGAUUCGGGUUCGUUUUGGCUCGUGUCUGCUCCCUUCCUGUCCUCGUGCCGCGGUGACGGACAUUUGGUUCUGCUCUGACCCGCCUCUUCCAUUCAGCCUAACAGCAUCUUCCACCGGGUCCAUCAUGACGUCCAUCAGCAGGUACCGGAGCCGCGCGCUCCGUGCAGAGGAUUCGGAGGUAAAGAGCACAGGGCUGAUGGAGGACAAAGAGUAUGUGGGUUUUGCGACACUGCCCAACCAACUGCACAGGAAAUCAGUGAAGAAAGGCUUCGACUUCACACUCAUGGUGGCAGGUGAGUUUGGCCUGGGUAAAUCUACGCUGGUCAACAGCCUUUUCCUCACUGACCUGUACAAAGAGAGGAAGCUGCUCAAUGCUGAGGAGCGCAUCCAGCAGACGGUGGAGAUCACAAAGCGCACGGUGGACAUCGAGGAGAAGGGCGUGAAGCUCAAGCUCACCAUCGUGGAUGUGCCAGGUUUUGGAGACGCUGUCAACAACACAGAGUGCUGGACUCCGGUAACAGACUACAUCAACCAGCAGUUUGAACAAUACUUCAGGGAUGAAAGUGGACUGAACAGGAAGAACAUCCAGGAUAACAGGGUCCACUGCUGCCUUUACUUUAUAUCCCCAUUUGGACAAGGGCUCCGUCCCAUCGAUGUGGAGUUCAUGAAGGCCCUGCAGGAUAAAGUCAACGUGGUUCCGCUCAUCGCUAAGGCCGACUGCCUCACGCCUUCUGAGAUAAAGAGGAUCAAAGAACAGGUGAGGGAAGAGAUCGAUAAGUUUGGGAUAAAGAUCUACCAGUUCCCCGACUGCGACUCUGAUGAAGAUGAGGAGCUCAAACAGCAGGAUAAAGGGCUGAAGGAUGUUCAAACGUCAGUGUCGGCGCUGCAGGAGAGCCUUCCAUUCGCAGUGAUCGGCGGGAACACAGUGCUGGAGGUCAGAGGUCAGAGGGUGAGGGGCCGCCUCUACCCGUGGGGGAUCGUGGAGGUGGAGAACCCAUCCCACUGUGACUUCGGGAAGCUCAGGAACAUGCUGAUUAGGACCCACAUGCACGACCUGAAGGACACCACCAACGACUGUCACUAUGAAAACUACCGGGCCCAAUGCAUCCAGAACAUGACCAGUAAGAUGAAUGCGGAUAAGCGUGUGGAGAGUCCCAUCCCGAUCCUGCCGCUGUCCACGCCCGCCGUGGAGACAGAGAAGCUUAUCAAGAGGAAAGAUGAAGAACUGAGGAGGAUGCAGCAGAUGCUGCAGAAGAUGCAGCAGCAGAUGCAUGGGCAGGACCUGUGACCUCCGAUCGGCCCUUUUACUGCAGCGAUAAUCUCACACACACACACACACACACACACACACACACACACACACACACACCGAUUAACAGAUAAAGUGUUUUUAAGAUGGCAUGCUUUCUCUUCAGUGCAGUCCUUAGCCAAGUGAUCUAUAGAUUUUUAGCCAGUAGAUUGAAUUUAUCAGAUAGACCAAAGUAGAUUAACAUAGAAGAUGCAACGCUUUGCUGAAAUACUGAAUAGGUAUUCCAACAGUGGUCAAACGUUAUGAUGCUUUUGAAUAUUAAGAUAAAAAAAUUGAAUAUUUUUGGAAACAGGAAGUGGGUUUGUAAACUGAAAAUAUUAGAGUUUUCAUAGUUAUUUAAAGUCAUUAAAUAUAAGAAAUAAGGACUUCCUGUUGUGACAGAAAAAAAAUAAGCACAAUAUUAGAUGUAGAAGUCUUGAGUUACUGAUGGUGUUUGGAUAAAUGACUCCUGGUAGUUUUCUAACAGGAAUCUUUGUUCACAUAGCAUCAGAGGUUUGGGUUCCUCAUCAUGGUCUUUAUUAUCAUAUUCAUCCUGAACUCUGAAUGAGGCAUUAAGCUGUUGUUUCAGAGUGGACUGCUCAUGCAAGAUGCAACUUUUAUGAAUCCUAAAAACAAGAAAAGGUGCACAUGUUUGAAUUUAUGUUGGACUUUCUAAAAUCCACAUAAGCUCAAAUGUAUACAUACCCAGUGCAUGCAAUUAAUAACAGAUAAAUGUCCCUGUCAAACCAGGUUUUGCAGCUUGUGGCUGGAUAUUAGAGCUUCUUAUCAGAACGAGUGGAGUUCAUUUAAAAAAGCUGGUUUCUGAAAGCAGAAAAGGCUUUUUGGUAUAAUUCUAAUUUUUUAAAUUGACUUGAUGUCAGGAAAUUCUAGAAAUAUUUAUUUAUUUUCCUAACCCAGUCUUGAUUUAGGAUCACUGAACAGCAAACUUUUUUUUUUAACAAUAUAUUUAUUAAGUUUUUGUGUAAAUGAAACAAAUACAUUCAAGCAAACAUUGAACACCACCAACCUCCACAGUCAACACUCAGGAUAUAAGAUACAAUAAAAUUCAACUAAACAAAAUGAAAUAAAAAAUAAAAUAAAAUAAGAAAUUAAAUUAAAUGAAAACUGGCAACAAAGUAAAAAUGUACAAAGGUACAUGCACAAAAAUUAAACAUUUUUCAACACUAAAACCUUGAUAAGGUAUCGCUCUCUUGUUAAAAAAAACUUUAUGAAUUUAUAUUAAUAUUAGGUGUUGUUGUUUUAUUUAGUUCAAUUACAUUCAUUCAUUUCAGCUUGAUUACAAAAAUUGCAUAAAGCUGCCUCAUACUUCCUUAAAUUUACUGUUUUCUCCUCUAACCACAUGUUAAUUUCUGUGAAACAUCAAACUCAUGAUGCGUUCCAGGUACCUGGGAAGUGGGAACUCUGAGCUGGGUUUGAUGUCAGACCCAGGUAACGGCAUUCUAGUCAUGAAGUCGGAAUUUCAACAUGGUGACGCCCAUGAACGUUGUUAUUAGGACCUCUUGCAAACAUUGUUUUAAGCUUCACUUCCCAUAAUCAAACACCACUUUCAAUGUGUUCAGUUUAUAGUUGCAGGCACAACAUGUAACACUGAUUUUACAAUGAUUUUCUCUUACAUGUGCAGGGUUUCCCCCAGAAAACUUGCUAAGCCCGGUGGUCAGGGCGUCAAGUCGGUCCACCGCCGGUCCACCGUGUUUUUGUAUUAAAAUAUAUUAAGUUGACAGGAAAUGUAAAA